ACCUCCUUUUGGAACAAAACCAUUCUCUAGGGUUUUCGCAUAAUCCCUUUUUCAUAAUCAUAAAUUCCCGUUUCUUGAUUAUAAUUAUGCAGCGGAUGAUCAUGUUAUUGAUUUAGUUCAUCUAGUUUGGAUUCUUAUAGUGGGAGUUUGAGUGGUUUUGUGUUGUUUCCUUUUGUUGCACAUCUCCGAUGCAAUUGAUGUAAUGACGCAUCAUCUUCAACUAUCUGGCAAUGGAGAGGCAUAUCUUUUCGAUAAUCGUAAUGUUUUUGUUCGUGGCGGUCGUAAAAGACACUAUCCAGUUCAGUUGGGGAUUGGGUAUGGAUGAUGGGGAAGGUUAUGACGGUAAUUUAGGAGAGAAUGAUGACGGGUUUAUAAGCCUUUUUCAUCAUGAUUACUCGCCGCCUGUGCCGCCGCCGCCACCGCCGCAUCCGCCGUCGGCGACUUGUGAGGAUGACCUUGGCGGGGUUGGGUCGUUAGAUACUACUUGUGAGGUAGUUGAUAGUUUGAAUUUAACCCAAAGUAUGUAUAUAGCAGGGAAGGGAAACUUUUUUAUCCUUCCUAAUGUGACUGUCAGUUGUUCGGUUGUUCCAGGGUGCGAACUUGGCAUAAACGUUGCAGGUGACUUUAGUUUAGGCGAAAACGCGCAGAUUUUUGUUGGUUCGUUUGAGCUUGAGGCUGCAAAUGCAAGUUUUGCGAAUGGGUCUCUUGUGAAUACCACUGGUUUAGCUGGUGAUCCGCCGGAGCAAACUAGUGGGACCCCUCAAGGGCUUGAUGGGGCUGGUGGAGGUUAUGGAGGAAGAGGAGCCGCGUGUUUGAUGGAUGACAAGAAGCUUCCGGAUGAUGUAUGGGGAGGCGAUGCAUAUUCAUGGUCGACUUUACAGAUGCCAUGGAGCUACGGAAGUAAAGGUGGGACUACAAGUAAGGAGGUGGAUUACGGUGGCGGUGGUGGUGGGAGGAUAAAACUUGUGGUUAAGAGUCAUAUUGAGAUGGAUGGUAGUUUAUUAGCUGAAGGUGGAGAUGGGAGUGUGAGGGGCGGAGGUGGUUCAGGUGGCAGCAUCUUCAUCCAGGCUUAUAAGAUGAUUGGAAGUGGUAAUAUAAGCGCUUGUGGAGGUGACGGUUUUGGUGGUGGGGGUGGAGGAAGAAUUUCUGCGGAUGUGUUUAGCAGGCAUGAAGAGCCUAAAAUCUUCGUCCAUGGUGGUAAUAGUCUAGGCUGUCCGUCAAAUUCGGGUGCUGCAGGAACUUUUUAUGAUGUUGUAACCCGGAGCCUUACAAUUGAUAAUUUCAACAUGACAACUGACACAGACACACUUUUUAUGGAGGUCGCAUAUCAGCCUCUUAUGACAAAUAUUUUUAUUCAAAGUUUUGCGAAGGUUUCUGUCCCCCUGCUUUGGAGUCGUGUCCAGGUUCAAGGGCAAAUUAGCGUCCUGGAUGGAGGUAUCUUGACCUUUGGGUUAGCGCAUUAUGCUGUAUCAGAAUUUGAGGUACUGGCAGAAGAGCUACUGAUGAGUGAUUCUAUAAUCAAGGUUUAUGGGGCUCUGCGUAUGUCUGUAAAAAUGUUCUUGAUGUGGAAUUCACAAUUGCUUAUUGAGAUUGAGGGCGAGAAGAAUGUGCAGAAUUCUUUUCUUGAGGCUAGCAAUCUUAUUGUUCUCAAGGGAUCUUCUACCAUAAGCUCAAAUGCUAAUCUUGGGGUUCAUGGGCAAGGUUUGUUGAACUUGUCAGGGCCAGGUGACUGUAUUGAAGCACAACGUCUGGUUCUGUCCCUGUUUUAUGGUGUCAAUGUGGGUCCGGGAUCUGUUUUACGCGGUCCCUUAGAAAAUGUCUCUGCAAAUAGUGUGAUGCUGAAACCAAAUUGUGACUCUCAAGAAUGUCCACACGAACUGCUGAAUCCACCUGACGACUGCAAUGUGAAUGCUUCAUUGUCCUUUACUCUUCAGAUAUGCCGUGUUGAAGAUAUCCUGGUUGAAGGCCUUAUACAAGGGUCUGUUGUGCAUUUUCAUAGGGCAAGGACUGUUACUGUUCAAUCUACUGGGACAAUUAGCACCUCAAAGAUGGGUUGCAAAGGAGGUAUCGGCAGUGGGAAAGUGGUGAGCAUUGGCAUUGGCAGUGGGGGUGGUUAUGGUGGUAGUGGUGGGUAUGGUUGUCGUAAUGGAACGUGCAUUGAGGGUGGUGUUCCAUAUGGAGAUGCCAAUUUGCCUUGUUUACUUGGUAGUGGAGGUGGUAAUGGCAUUAUCACUGACUCAACUGCUGGUGGUGGCAUUCUAGUGAUUGGUUCGUCGGAACAUCCUUUGUCAAGUUUGUCUGUUGAUGGUUCAGCAGGAGCUGAUGGAGGGAGUUAUAAAGAGAACAUUGUCAACAAACAUCAUCAUAUUGGUGAUCAGGUUCAAGGUUCUGGGGGAGGAUCUGGUGGAACGAUUCUUGUGUUCUUGAAUGUUUUAUUUGUUGGUGAGUCUGGACUUCUUUCAAGUGUUGGAGGUGAAGGUAGUCCAAAUGGGAGUGGUGGAGGUGGCGGUGGAAGAAUUCAUUUUCAUUGGUCACACAUACCAAUUGGGGAGGUAUAUCAGCCCAUUGCUACUGUUAAGGGAAACAUAUCCACUAGGGGAGGGUUGGGUGGAAAUGAAGAUGGUGCUGGGGAAAUUGGAACAGUCACUGGAAAAUCUUGUCCGAAAGGGCUUUAUGGCACAUUCUGUGAGGAAUGCCCUGUCGGUACAUACAAAAAUGUUACAGGGUCUGAUAAGGCACUAUGUUUCGCGUGCCCUGUCGAUGAACUUCCCCAUCGUGCAUUCUAUAUUUCUGUCAGAGGGGGUACUGUCGAAACUCCCUGUCCUUACAAAUGCAUUUCAGAUAAAUAUCAUAUGCCAUAUUGUUACACUGCUCUUGAAGAGUUAAUGGACACAUUUGGCGGGCCUUGGUUAUUUGGUCUUCUUCUAUUGGGUCUUCUUAUCCUGUUGGCACUGGUGCUUAGUGUUGCAAGGAUGAAAUUUAUAGGAUUUGACGAGUCAACAGGGUCUGGUCGAACACAAGGCUCUCAGAUAGAUCACUCAUUUCCUUUCUUGGAGUCGCUGAAUGAGGUUAUGGAAACGAACAGAGUCGAGGAAUCUCAAGGUCAUGUGCAUCGGAUGUACUUUAUGGGUCAAAAUACUUUCACGGAACCUUGGCGUCUUCCUCAUACACCUCCAGAGCAAGUGAUAGACAUUGUGUAUGAAGGUGCAUUUAAUAGAUUUGUGGAUGAAAUUAAUGCUUUAGCCGCUUAUCAGUGGUGGGAGGGAUCAAUAUACAGCAUUCUUUUCUUCCUUGCUUACCCUCUUGCAUGGUCAUGGCAACAGUGGAGGCAAAAAUUGAAAUUGCAACGACUCCGUGAGUUUGUUAGGUCUGAGUAUGACCAUGCUUGCUUACGUUCCUGUCGAUCGCGUGCUCUCUAUGAAGGGCUUAAGGUAGCUGCAACAUCUGAUUUAAUGCUAGCUUAUGUGGACUUCUUUCUUGGGGGUGAUGAAAAGAGAAGUGAUCUUCCCCCUCGUCUUCAUCAAAGAUUCCCAUUGUCUCUUCUGUUUGGAGGCGAUGGAAGUUAUAUGGCUCCUUUCUCACUUCACAGUGACAACGUUGUUACAAGUCUCAUUAAUCAGUCUGUUCCUCCUACUACUUGGUAUCGUUUUGUAGCUGGUUUAAAUGCGCAAUUGCGGUUGGUUUGUCGGGGUCGACUUAGGGUAAUGUUUCAUACAGUUGUGGACUGGAUUGAAACUCAUGCCAAUCCGACUUUGGAGAUUUACGGUGUACGGGUUGACCUUGCUUUGUUUCAAGCUACAGAUGGGAACCAUUAUCAGUAUGGACUUCUGGUAUCUGCUGUACAGGUUGAUGGAGCUACUGGAAGGGCCGAACUAGCUAGUAAUGACGUUAAUGUAUUUCAAGAAGAUCCAAUUCAUGAUUCAAAAGAACUUAAGGCUUCAAAUCAAAUACACGGAGGUGCCGAUGAUAAUCUGACACAAAAGAAGAGUUAUGGUAGGGUAUUAGAUAUCAACAGUUUGAAAACGCUCAAGGAAAAGAGAGAUGUAUUCUUUCCCUUCACUUUUAUAGUUCACAACACUAAACCUGUUGGCCACCAGGAUCUUGUUGGUUUGGUGAUCUCAAUGCUACUAUUAGGAGAUUUUAGUCUUGUUUUGCUUACAUUGCUCCAGUUAUAUUCGUUUUCUUUAGCGGACGUGUUCUUGGUUCUGUUCAUUUUGCCACUUGGGAUAUUGCUUCCUUUUCCUACUGGUAUUAAUGCUCUGUUUAGUCAAGGACCCAAGCGCUCCGCUGGGCUGGCUCGUAUAUAUGCUCUCUGGAACAUAACGUCCUUAGUCAAUGUGGUGGUUGCUUUUAUCUGUGGUUAUGCUCAUUACUGCACUCAGCCCAGUAAAACAGCUGCAGACGUCCAGCCGUGGACCAUGGAGGAAAGCGAAUGGUGGAUUUUUCCGGUUGCACUAGUUGUGUGUAGAUUUAUCCAGUCGCGCUUCAUAAAUUGGCAUAUUGCAAACUUGGAGAUUCAAGAUCGAUCGUUAUAUAGUAGUGACACUGCAGCGUUUUGGCAAUCAUCAUAGUUGUAAGUGUAUUAGAUGAUGAACGUUUGCAGUUGUUCAUUUUUGAAGUACCUUUUUUUGGGCUAUUUGUUGUAGUAUAGGCAGCAUAUAAAAUGGAAGAUUUUGUUGCAAUGUAGGUAGAGCGAAAAGAAUGCUUCAAGUUUAUCCUCUUUGUUGUAUAUAAAUAAAUUCGCCAUAUUGUUUUAAAAUGAUUUUGUAAUGCACCAUGUUGUUGUACUUGAAUGCC